AUGGCAGAAUUACCAAAAUCUUAUUUAGGAGCACAAGUUAUUGAACCUGGAAAACCAAUAAAAGUCAAUGAAGUCCAGACUCCUGAAUUGCACUAGGGCGAAGUAUUGAUAAAAGUGGAGGCAGCACCAAUUGAUUAACUUGAUCUUGUGAGUGCUGGACCUGUUAAUUAUAUGCAUAAACAAUAUCCUUUUGUGCUUGGAGCAGAAGGUUCAGGUGUAAUUGUGGCUAAACAUGAGUCGGUAUAGAAUCUAGAGAUAGGACAGAAAGUAUCAUUUCUAACGCUUUCGUAAUUCGGAGCAUAUGGAUAAUAUGCAGUGGCUCACAUUUCCUUGGUGUUGCCUCUUCCAGAGAACCUGAGUUUUGAGUAAGGUGCCUCAGCCAUUGGAAAUCCAGUCACAGUGAUGUUGAUGUUGGAGGAAGCAAAAGAAUUGAAAGCCAAGGCUGUCAUUAACACUGCUGCAGCCUCAUCCUUAGGUAGAUAGUUGCUUAGAUACUUUUAAAAUAAUGGAAUUGAAGUAAUAAAUAUCAUCAGAAGAAAAGAAUAAGAAAAUACCUUAAAAUAAGAUGGAGCCAAAUAUAUUCUCAAUUCAUCAGAUCCAAACUUUUUCAAAGAUUUGGAAUAAUUGAUAGCUUAGUUGAAUGUAUCUCUCUUUUUUGAUGCAAUCGGAGGAGAAAUCACAGGCUAAAUCUUUAAAUUACUUCCAAGUGGGUCAGUGACAUUAAUUUAUGGAAUGCUGUCAGGCAGUAAUUUCGAAAUAGAUGCAAAAGAAGUCCUUCUAAGAGGGAAGACCAUCAAAAACUUUAGUUUAUUAACAACUAAACAUGCUUUCAAUCCUAUUUCAAAUAAAGAAGCAUUAGAAAAACUCUAUGAACUAUUACAAACUCAACUACAGACUCAUUACCAUAAAUAAUAUACCUUAGAUCAAAUCAAUGAAGCAUUAGAAGAUUAAAGGCAAAAUGGAUCAAUAGGCAAAGUCUUAAUACGUCCAAAUAAAUGA